UUAUUCUAAAUUGCCUUCAUAAAGUUUUAUUUUUACGAUAUUUAACUUACAUUGGCUUUAUGCUUGAUAUCUAUGAAAUUUCAAAUUAAAGAACUUGUCAUAUGAAUUACAUGCAACAUCUCAAAAACAAAACAGAAAAAACCAAAACGAAAACCAAAAUCAAUCUCUUCAGGAACAACCGAUUUAGGCCCCUAUGUGAAAUUCAAGGGCCAUGUGAUUAAUCAUUGGUAGAGAAGGUAUGGAAGAUGCAAGGCCUCCCGUGAGAAUCACCGAAUUAGCAAAGCUUCCUGACCUUGGCAUUCCCUCAGAGCAAAUCACGUGGUCACGUGUCUCUCUGACCUCAGAUAAAUGGAUCUGUGUGCGUCAUGAUGACUAUGAUGGCAGCUUCCAAAGGAAACAAACAAACAAAAAACAGCACUUGGCUACCCUCCUGACCCUGUGCCAUAAAACACCCCCACAAACAUGGGGAGUGAAGGCAGAUUCUGUCCUUGUCAAUCCUUCUCUUCCACUUAUUGCUUUAAAAGCGGGUAGAAAACUUGAAGUUUUCAAUAUCCAAUCUCGAUCACUGACUAAAAGUUGUCACAUGGAUGAAGAAAUUGGCUAUUGGACGUGGGUGAAUGAUGACGUCAUUGCCAUGGUUACGGAAAAAUACAUCUAUCAUUGGCUGGUCCAUUCAGAGCAGGAUUGUCCAAGACGUAUGUUUGAGCGUGACCGGAGACUUGAGGACUCUGAGGUUGUUAGCUACCGGGUUGACCCUGGGAUGAAGUGGUUCGCCUUGACUGGCCUCUAUCCUGAGGAUAGACGAAUCUGUGGUGUAACGCAGUUAUAUUCAGUGGAUCACUGUGUGACCCAGUGUAUAGCUGCCCACGCUGUGUAUUUCGCCCAAUACAAGUUUGAGUGGAAUCGGCACCCUUCCACUGUACUCUGUGUGGCGUCCAGGGAUGCACUUUAUGGCAAAGCACAUGUCGUUGAACUUGGUCCACAUAAUCCAGGGAACAAGGCAUUGACCAAUCAUACAGACGGACUAAAAUUUCCUGAUGAUACAGAGAAGUUUGAUUUUCCAGUUCAGAUACAGGUUAGCACUGACUAUAGACUGUUCUAUGUCAUCACAAAAUAUGGCCAGAUCUUUAUAUGCGACUUGGAGACGUCUGCAGCCUUGUACAGUACACCCAUCUGUACUGAUAUCGUCAUCACCUCAGUGCUGAACACUUCCACUCAAGGAGUACUGGGUAUCACUAAGCUAGGACAAGUAUUGUCCAUAGACAUAAAAAAGAAUGCUCUCAUAGAGUAUGUAAGGGAACAAUUGAAGAAACCAAAUAUUGCCAAUCGUCUGGAGAAAACUUUAUGUAGGUGAUAGUGUACAUAGUAUGCAUUGCUGAGUGCCAUAUGUAGUACCUCUAUUCAGUCAAGGUUGAAGUUUUAACAAGUGCAUUACUUUCACAUUGAGAUAAAGUUCUGUGAAAUGCAUUUGACUUAGUACAAAGUUCAACCUAGCUAUAGUGUAGAUGAUAGUAUUGAUCUCAAAGUGGAUUUGUCCUAAGAUUCCUACCCUUAGGAAAAAAAACACCACAGACCAAUUCAUGUUUGUCAUUGAUAAAAAGCAUUUUACUCCCAGGGAGGGAGGAUGUCAGAAGCCCCUGCAAUAGAUCAUGAGAUUUUCUGUGACCAGCUCGUCUGUGUGACACACUACACAUGUACAUUCAUCGUGUUUUCACAUAUCACCACAAAUCAGUACAGUAAUCAUGUUAGUGGUUCAAAUGCAUCAUCCAUCAUCGAGCAUUGUUGAGUUAUGAAAAAUUGGCAACAGGGUCCAUGAUGUUAUUAUGUUGGUUUGGCUUGAGGAGUCCGUUCGCAUUUAGGCCUAGUUUUGAAGAUUAGCAUUUAGUGAUGAUAGAGAUCUCGUUUUUGCAGGGUGUGUGUAUCAUAGACCAUUGAUGCAUUUGGUAAUUUUAUUUGGUGCUUGGAACUGGAAUUUAUUGUAAAAUUAUGGAGAAAUUGCCUACCAUAAAAAUAUGACAGUUGAAUAUCUGCAAUAGAUACUUACUUACAUGCACUUGGUGAGAUUUGGUAGAAAUUGUCUAUCAUGAGAUAACAGUCAGUCAGCUCUUUUGUCCUGAUUCAGUGCAGACUGAAAAGUUUUUAGUUGUGUUUGUUUGUCUAUGAUCCCAACUGGGUUAGUACUACAAUGUACUGUUGGAAUAGCUGCUAUUAUAGAUUAUGAUCUGUUCUUUUUUAACACUUAGUUUUGAUAUGCCUGUUUGUAGUACAUGUAUUUGCUGAUAUGUUCAUGGUAUUACCAGUUGCAUGUUUUUGUGUAUUUUGUUAGAAUAUCAGACGGUGACAGAGCUUUACAUGUAGAAAGGGUUGUUUGAAAUAUUUUGUAAAAUUUGAAAUUACUUUUGUCAGACAGUUGAAUGUGCAUGGAUGAGUAACUUCAUGUACAUGUUCAUGUAUCUAGAUGGUGCAGUUGACAUGCAGAAAUAUUUUGAGCAAGUGGAAUUGCCCUCUCAUAUGAAUUAAAUAACAAGGACAAUAAGGCCUACUGGUUGAGGUGUUAUUUAGAUUUAAAAAAUUUGUGACGCUUUUAAAGAUGGGGCUAUUCUUCAUCUUUUGGUACGAUUUUGUUUGGAAUUGGUGUCGUGUCACUCUGGAUUGGUGGUAACUUUCAGUGAAGCUGUAUUCUGUAGGACUGUUACUACCUGAAUGAAAGAUGAGACUGACAGUUUUUCAUCCAGUUGAUAUCAUCUUGUACUGUUAACCACCAACAUUUUGCUCCAUUUCGUUUUUGCAAUCCGCAAAAUAUUCUAGUGAAAAUAUAGUCCUCACAAGUUUCAUUUAAGUGGAUUUGGAACUUUUUUUGCUGUAGUGUACAGCUGUACGAAGUUUUUCUACUGCCCAACUUAAGAUAUUUCUCACAAGCUUUUAUAAAGCAUUUAGAUCUCCAUUUUACACAUGCUUCAGUCUUACACUUCACAUGUAUCAUCUGUAAAACUGUUUCAAAUCUUUGUAGUUUUCUGUUUUAUUAAAAGAUACUUAUCAUGGUGGUAAGAAUAAAGUUGUUGAUGAUACGA